CCUGCCACCGAGACGAAGCCUGCUACUGGGGGACACUCUACUAAGCCCGCUACUCAAGAGCAUCCUACCAAGCCUGUGACUGGUGGUCAGUCUGAAGCUGGAUCUACCCAGCCUGCUUCCACUACUGAGUGGACUACCUCAACUGUUUACACGACUAACGUCCGCACUGUUACAUCUUGUGCUCCUGAGGUCACUGACUGCCCGCUUACUCCUCAUGUCACUACUGAGACUGUUGCUAUCUCUACUACUGUUUGCCCUGUUACCGAGCAGCAUCAGACUGAGCCCAAGCCCACUGAGCCCAAGCCCACUGAGCCUAAGCCAACCCAGCCCAAGCCCACCGAGCCCAAGCCAACUGAGCCAGUCAAGACUACCGGAUGGUCAACCUCCACCAUCUACACCACUAGUGUUCGCACCGUCACUGCUUGUGGCCCUGAGUUCCCCAACUGCGAGACACCCACUCCUCACGUCACUACUGAGACUAUCGCUGUUUCCACUACCAUCUGCCCCGUCACUGAGCAGCACCAGACCGAGCCCAAGCCUACUCAGCCUAAGCCAACCGAGCCUAAGCCUACCCAGCCCAAGCCCACUGAGCCAGCCAAGACUACCGCUUGGUCUACCUCUACUGUCUACACCACCAGUGUUCGAACUGUGACUACCUGCGGUCCUGAGCACCCUAACUGCGAGCAGCCUACUCCUCAUGUCACCACCGAGACCAUCGCCAUCUCUACCACCGUCUGCCCAGUUACCGAGGAACAGUCUUCUCCUACCAAGCCCAGCACUCCUGGCCAGCCUUCUCAGCCUUCUCAGCCAGAGCAACCCUCUCAACCCCCUGCCGGUGGCAACCACCAGACCUACCCCGUCGGACCCGUCCCAACUCAGCACAUCGUCACAACUGGCUGGUCUACCUUUACUGUCUACACCACCAACAUCCGAACUGUUACUGCCUGCGCUCCCCACGUUGCUAACUGCCCUGGUACUCCCCACGUCACCACCGAGACCAUCGCUCUCUCAACCACUCUUUGCCCCGUCACCAAGACUCAAGUCAUUCCCGGCCCUGGUGCUACAUACUACCCCCCUGGACCUCACCGACCUGGCAACACGACAUCCACUCUUUACACCACCAAGUACUUCACCGUCACUGCUUGCCCUCCCAAGGUCACCGACUGCCCCAUCGGCGCUGUCACUUCCACCGUCUACGCCACAGCCACCACCCAGAUCCAGCAGUGGAACCCCUCCAACUCUCACGUCUACCAACCUCCCUCUCCCACCAAGGGUUAUCCUCCCACCAUCCCUACCAACCUGACUCCUGGCAACCAGACAGUCACCACCUUCAUCCGAUCUACCACCAAGCUCUACGAGACUCCUGUCACGACCCCCAAGGCGGUUGAGACCACUACUUCCAAGGCUGGUUAUGAGAAGCCUCCUUAUCCUGUUUACUUUUAA